AUGGUCGUCCUCUUCACUGCCACCCUUCCACAAAGAGAUCGACUCAUCGACAUGGCUCUCCAUCUCAAGAAAAAGAUAGACAUGCCUUCUAACGCGUCACUUGUGCGAAGCUCGCCGCGGAACAGCAUCCGGCCGCUGCCGUUGCCGCUUCCACUGCCAGUUCCUCAUAGCCCCUUCCGGAUCAAGCACGGCGGCAAGUUCCACCAUAGGCUCCUCGCCAAGGACAGGGCGGCGCCCAACACCGGCCGUUCCUCCUACUACUGCGCCGACCGGGGCUCCGUGCCGUUCCACUGGGAGUCGCGGCCGGGCACGCCCAUGGACGGGGUCGCCCAGAUAGCCGCCGCCGGCGUCCUCCCGGCCGACGUCGCUCUGCCCCCCUCGUACUUGAUCCGGCAUUGCUACGGAAAGGUAGCCCCGGACUCUCCACGUCCCAAGCGCAGAGCAAAGCGCAGGAUCUCCAGCGUCUUCCGGAGGCUCACCCUCAGGGCGCGGUCCCUGCGGGCGGCGUCGGCCAAGGUUUCACUCUCAUCGUCUAGCCGGUGGCUGUUUUCUGAGAUGGGCGAGCACCACGACGAUCAUGGUCCGCCGGAGCCCGCGGUAGAUGAGUGUAGCCCACCGCGACCGAGCCCGUGGAUGCUGCCAUUCCGGUUCAGCUGCUUCGGGAACCGGAUCGUGAGAUUGAUGGCUGGGCGUUAAGUCGCUCUCUGCUGUGGCGCCAUCAAGGGGAUAAAUGCCGUUUCUUAUAAUUCCCACAAACAAUCGUGGUCUCCCGACUUGUUUACCCUUCUGUUUUGUGAUGUUUCAUGUAACUUGUUCUGUAUUCUUGUGUUCAUA